GGCACUCGCACUCGCAGCUGGUCCUGUCUCCUGUCACCAUAGUCACCGAUGGUGCUGUUAAUUUAGGUUAUUGGAAGUAAAAUUAUUAUUGCUAUUGUUUGUAAAAUAAUUGCAAAGGAAUUAGUGUGAUAAAGUGUCUGUAAAAUGGCAAAUUUUGGGGACUACAUUACAAAUGAGUAUGCAAUACUAAGACUCAUACUGAAUAACCUUACGUUGACAGACCUAUUGACGGCUAGGAAGGUUUGCAGGAGUUGGCAUCGAUGCGUAAUCAGUAUACUGCAAAAUGUCGACUCAGCAAAAAGUCCGCACAUUCUGUACACUGACCAAUUAUUUUAUGACAACGAGGUGGAUCACUGGGAUAAAUUGAGGAUAAUUCCAGAGGUUUUGAUACGAUUCUCGACUGAUUGUGUCGAUCCCCUGAGGGAUGAAAGGAACAAGUGCUGGGUAUCACUGUUGAAUGACAAACUCGAAGCUGAUGAAGAAAUAAUUAGGAAAGUGGAUGAAGAGCAUGGUCUACAUCCGCCCACAGGUCUACUGGAUUUUGUUUGCGACGGAGUAAUAGGAUGUGUGCCCGCCCACGCCCCCCUAAAAUGUUCACUUGGCGCCUUAUGUGGAAUACAACAAUGCACACGCCCGUUCGGCUUCCAUCAAACCAGGACAAACUUCGAAAAACUCUAUGUGUUCUCAAUGGCAUCCUCAGGAAAGGCGUCAUCAGCUCUAGUACUACCUCGUAUGCCUGGCGUUCAUUAUGAUUUAGUCAAAUUUCAUUUAGAGAAUAAGGAAAUACGGUUGGAGUCAUUUCCCAAGUCUCCGCCCUGGGUUGAUAUGCCAAUCAAAUGCGUCCUUCUAAUAGAUUGUCGAUUGCGUAAUCGUAAUGCGCAAGUUAUCAAGUGUCUACGCACUUUUUUGGAGUUUUUCGAAGUCAGCGACAACACGUGUUUCGCACUAGGAGGGGGCCGGCUGCGGGGCGGAGUGAGCUGGCCACGGGGAGCGGGUGGUCGUGCCCCCAUGUUCGCCAUUGUGGUGAGGGGGGACAACGUCACAGCCAACUCAUUCAUGCUCAAGCCCCACUACUCCAAACUCGACAAAAUCGAAGAUCAAGUUGCUGCCUUUGCGAGGAACGUGGGCCCCCUUCCGAGCGGCAGCAAGCGCAUAGCUGUGAUGGCACAGUGCAUCGACCGCCAGGCCAGGAUGCAUUCGGAGCUGCGCGCGCAGGAGCGCUACAGGAACGAGAACAAGGAGGCGCAGAUCAUCGGCAAACAUUUCGCCAAUAUUCCUGUGUUCGGAUUCGUCGCCAAUGGCGAGAUCGGCUAUUGCUCAGAUCCAGAUAUUGAUACCGACAAUCCGCCAGCAAAACGAAUAAAGAUGAAGCCAAGUCUAUUCAUCAACUACCAAUCAACAAGUUUGAUUGUAUUGACAUUUAAUACCCAACAUUGACGUGAAAUACCCGGGUAUAUAGGCCCCCUAUACACCUAUUGAGGAUAGAUAGGCCCGGUCGCGCAACAGCCGGUUAAAUUUUAAUCUUGAUUAAUUACACGAGAACCAAUCAUAGAAGGCGUUUUUGAAAGACGGCUGGUAUUUGUGGGUAUGCAGGUACUUUAUUAACAAAUUUUAGGUACAAAUUAGCAAGAUUUUAAGAGACUCGCAAUUCAGCUUCGGAAUUGAGUCUCAGACAAGGUGGGCUUAGCUGGCUAAGCACACAUCUGUGCGUAAAUGCAUUCUGCCGUUUUAAUACAAAUGUAUGGAAUAGUUAUUUGUGUAACUGGUACGCAAAGUGACAGUUUGCUGCACCGAAAGAAACGUUUACGCCAGAGCCGUAGGCAAGGGCGGAAACGGCUCGGGCGGAAUCGUUUCUUGAGUGCAGCAGAGGAACUUUGCGCACGUAUUUCACAUUAAAUUUUUCCUACAGUUACCAUUGAAUAUGAAAAGUGGUUGAUUAUGGGUAAAAUGAUGGCUGAAAUCCAUCAAAUGUUUGUAUAAUUUUGUUAUUAAUAACAACUUUAAUUUAUUUUAAACUUGAUAAUCCAAUUGAAAAUUAAUAAUCCAUAUUCAAAAUACACGCCAACAAUGUCAAAAGCUGAUUGAGACGGCUGCAAGAUAAUAGGCAAAGUAUUAAGAGUACGCAAAGUAAUACUUUGCGCACUAAAGCGGAAAAGUGAUUCUUUGCGUUCUGUAACCAGUGCAGGAAUGGUCACUUUUCAAGGUACUGUAGGAAAUAGCUAUUUAUGUAUUAAGAGCGUAAUGCGCGACUUUAUCGCUCGCUCAAAACAGUUAUCACGCGACGCGAAGCGGAGCGUGAUAAUUUUGCAAGAGAGAUAAAGAAGCAUUAUGAGCGAAUUACAUACAAAAUUUUCUCUACAACUGCCCAAACCUGUUAAAUUACUUAUAUCGGCGGAGUUACAAUUGCCGACUUUUUAGGUUAAGAUCUGACUUUUUGGCGAGCUGCUUACAAUCAGCUGAUUAGGGAGCGUAAAGAAACUCUUCUGCGCAUGCGCGAAUGAUUUGGGAGCGUAAAGUAAAUCUACUGCGCAUGCGCGGAUGGUUAGCGAGCGAAAAAGUAUUCUCCUCGUAAAUAAGCUGUUUUACGAGGAGAAUUGAGUGUGUAAAUUCUUUCUUUACGCGCAGUUGUAGAAAAAAAUAAUUAAAGAUUCAUUACAGUUGAUUUCAGUGGACUGAGUAUUUCUGCAUUAAUUUGUUAAUUUAAUAAAAAGUAUAACUACUUUGUUGGGAAGUGUGAAUUAAUAACGAAUUAUCGUAAAAAUACUGUAUUAUAGAGUUUAUUAAAUAAUUUUUGUAAUAAA